AUGGUAUCGAACAUUUGGGUAGCUGCUGCUGACAACCAAGUCAAGAUAGUUGAAGACUAUUUAAGUUCAGGAUUUACUGCUAAUUCUAAAGAUCCUAAUGGUUAUACACCUAUUCAUGCUGCUGCAUCUUAUGGGCAUAUUGGAUUAUUGAAAAAAUUAAUCGCUAGUGGUGGUGAUAUAAAUAUACAGGAUAAUGAAGGUGAUACUCCAUUACAUCAUUGUGAAGAUGUUAAAACUGCCAAAUGUAUAAUUGAAGAAUUAAAAGGUGAUUGGAAAAUCAAAAAUGAAGAUGGACAAACUGCAUUAGAUUAUAAAGAAGAGGAUGAUGAGUUCCCAGAAUUAAUAGCAUACUUGAAAUCAAUCAAGAUUGGUGAUGGUGAACCUGUAGAAACAGAAUCUCAACCAACUGAAGAUUCCAUAGUCGAUCACUUACCAUCUCCUGGUAAUGUUGAUGGUCAUGAUAUAAGGUAUUCCAUACAAAAUGAAGAAGAUGGUGAAAUAGAUGAAGAAAAACGUAAACAAAUCGAAGCUAUCAUAAAUGGUGAUAAUCCUGAAGAAGCCUUAAGAGAAUUAGUCACUAAAGCUGUUCAUGAAGGUAUGGCAGAAUAUCGUGAUACUAAAAGAAGAAAAGAUUAA